AUGGCGGACGCAAUCAAAGAUGCCGUCAACUCGGCCGUCGAGGGAGUGAAAGACCUGGCCGUAUCUGCCGAACAGAAGGCCGAGCAAAAAGGAAACAAGGCCCCGAAACCGAAGAAGGAGAAAAAGGCCAAGGGUGAUGCUGGCGAUGGUCGUCCAUUGAUGCUUGACCCUGCACCAGCCUACAUAGACCAUCGUAUUAAGAUUUUUGAGAAACUCAAGGCAAAGUACGACGAAGAAAUCGCCCAGAAGCCCCGCGAGAAAAUCACCAUUACGCUUGAAGACGGCAAGAUUGUUGAAGGCGAAUCAUGGUCUACCAGUCCUGCCGACAUUGCGCGAAACAUCUCCAAGAGUCUGUUUGAGCGCACCGUUGUCGCGCGUUUGGACAAGGGAACACCGGAAGAGACACUUUGGGAUCUUGAACGACCACUGGAGAAGAGCUGCAAGCUUGAGCUCUUGCCUUUUGACGACCCUGAAGGCAAGAAAGUCUUCUGGCACUCGAGCGCGCAUAUCCUAGGAGAAGCCUCGGAACGCAGAUUUGGAUGCGACCUGUGCAUUGGUCCUCCUAUUGAAGAUGGAUUCUACUAUGAGAUGGCCCUCCCCGAUAACGCUGCCGUUGAUCCCGCCGACCACAAACCGCUAGAGACCAUUGUCAACAGCAUUGUCAAGGAGAAGCAAGUCUUCGAGCGUCUGACCCUGUCCAAGGACGAUCUGCUUGAGAUGUUCAAGUCCAACAAGUACAAGCAGCACAUCAUCAAGGAUAAGAUUCCCGACGGUAGCUUCACCACUGUGUACCGGAACGGACCGCUAAUUGAUCUCUGCCGAGGACCCCACGUACCGCACACUGGACGGAUAAAGCAGUUCAAGGUCAUGAAGAAUUCCGCAUCAUACUUCUUGGGUGAUGCCAAGAACGACAGUCUGCAACGUAUCUAUGGUGUUUCCUUCCCCGACAAGGAUGCGAUGCAGCAACAUCUCAAGUUCCUUGAAGAGGCUGCCAAGCGCGAUCACCGCAAGAUUGGAAAGGAACAAGAAUUGUUCUUUUUCCACGAGUACAGCCCUGGUUCGUGCUUCUUCCUCCCACAUGGUCAGAUCAUCUACAACACACUACAAGCCUUUCUGCGCGAAGAAUACUGGAACCGUGGGUAUCAGGAAGUCGGAUCACCGAACAUGUUCAAUUCUGCACUAUGGAAAAUUUCGGGUCACUGGCAACAUUACGCAGACGACAUGUUCACUUUCGAUGUCGAAAAGGAGAAGUGGGCUCUGAAGCCCAUGAACUGCCCUGGACACUGCUUGAUUUUCGGGCACCGUGAGCGUAGUUACAGAGAAUUGCCUAUUCGCAUGGCUGACUUUGGUAUCUUACAUCGGAAUGAAGCCAGCGGUGCGCUUACUGGCCUUACCCGUGUACGCAGAUUCCAGCAAGAUGACACCCAUGUUUUCUGUACCCAAGAUCAGAUCACGGAGGAGAUCUCUGCGCUGUUCGACUUCCUAAGAGCUGUAUAUGGAAAGUUUGGUUUCACAUUCAAGCUGAAGUUGAGUACACGUCCUGAGGGCUUCCUUGGUGACAUCGAGACCUGGAACAAGGCCGAGGCGAAGCUGACCGAAGCUUUGGAUCAAUUUACCGCUGAGGGUGGUGGCGCUUGGGAGCUUAACCCUGGUGAUGGUGCUUUCUACGGUCCCAAGAUCGAUAUUACCAUUUCGGACGCUUUGAAGCGAGAGUUUCAGUGUGCUACUAUUCAGCUCGAUUUCCAGUUGCCUAUCCAAUUCGGACUUGAGUACAUGACUUCUGAGGUCGUUCCUACAAAGGCGAAGGAGCAGCUGAAAGAAGUCGAACAGGCCGACCAGAAGAAGGAGAAGCCAGAAGCUACUGAUGCUACUGUGGCCAAAAACCCCAAGGAACCACAACCAGGUUAUGCAAGGCCCGUCAUGAUUCACCGUGCUAUCUACGGUUCCUUUGAGCGUUUUAUUGCUAUCCUCACAGAGCAUUUCGCGGGUAGGUGGCCUUUCUGGCUAUCACCUCGCCAAGUCAUGGUCAUUCCGGUGAUGCCGAGCGCAAACGACUAUGUCAAGGAAGUUCAGGCUGUGCUCCGCAAGAACCGUUUCCACGCCGACAUCGACAUUAGCGGUAACACUAUGCAAAAGAAGAUCCGCACAGCACAGUUGGCACUAUACAACUUCAUCAUGGUUGUCGGUGCAGAAGAGCAACAGGCGAGGGCUGUCAACUGGAGAAACCGCGAUGACCAAGAGACUCAACAGCGUGGCGUCAUCGUGCCGCUUGAUGAGGCUGUCGAGAAGCUGGUCAAACUGAGAGAUGAGCGCAGGCUUGAGAACAAGGUUUAA